AUGAACUCGCACGGCGGCUACGGCGGCUACGGCCACGGAGGCGGCUACGCCCAGGGCUACGGCUACGGCCAUGGCGGUGGAGGCCACGGCGGCUACGGCCUGAGCGGCGGUCACGGCGGCUACGGCGGCUACGGCGUGAGCCACGGCGGCUACGGCCAGAAGGGCUACGGCCACGGACACUCUCACACUGUGGUGAUUGAAUCGCACAGCGGCGGCGGCGGCGGCGGCAAGGGCAAGGGCAAGGGUGGCCACAAGGGCAAGGGCGGCGGCGGCGGUGGCGGCGAGUACGAGUUCAUCCCUGCGCAGUGGCUGUUCCCGAAGUACGUGCACCAUUACGUGCCGGUUCCGGUCUACGGCGGCUACGGCGCUGGACACGGCGGAUUCGCCGGACACGGCGGAUUCGCCGGACACGGUGGAUUCGCCGGACACGGUGGAUAUGGUGGCCACGGUGCCUACUAA